UUAUGACUCAAGGAAUAUGAAAGAAAGUGAUUUGGAGGACAAUGCUAUUGAUAAGCUCUUUGAAGUGUAUGUAUGGGCUAAUCAGAGAGCUGCAGAGGAUCCCAGUAUAUAUAAUAUUGCCCGUGAGAUAUUCAGUAAAAUAGAAAAAGGUGACAGACAAGAGCUUGAGACAUGGAAAUUAUUUAGAAGGGUAACAAUAGAUGAUUUAAAGAAAAUAUAUUUUCGCCUUAAUGUACACUUUGACGAUUUUCACGGUGAAAGUAUGUACAAUGCCAGUGUUUGCAAUGAAGUGCUACAGGAAAUGGAAAGAAAAGGUUUGCUACAACUAAUGGAUGAUGGAAGGAAGGUGUAUCAAGUAAAUUCUAAGCAAAGAGUAACCAUUGUUAAAAGUGAUGGAUCAAGUAUAUAUCUAACAAGAGACAUUGCUGGAGCAGUGGAUAGAUACAAAAGAUAUAGAUUCACCAAGAUGUAUUAUGUAGUUGAUAACUCCCAGACUGAUCAUUUUCAUGCACUGUUUGAUAUUCUGAAAAACUUAGGGAAGGAUUGGGCAAAUUCUUUGGAACAUGUCAAGUUCGGUCGCAUUUUAGGGAUGAGCACACGCAAAGGAAAUGCUGUGUUUCUGCGAGAUCUCCUUAAUGAAGCUCAAGACAUAAUGAAGAAAAAUCAACUAAAUACAAACAGUUCGACGAAAUUCUGAUGGGUUCCUAUAAAGAGAUGGAGCCAUGCAUUCUUGUCAACUAUUUAUUCAAGCUGUGUGGCAUCAUCAACGGAGCACUGAAGACCUUGAAAGUGAAGUCUUCACCACCGGAAGUAGCGGAAGCAAGACUGGCUCUGUUCACUGCGGCCAGACACACACUCGCCGCCGGAAUGAACAUCCUGGGUCUUAGGCCUUUAAGAAAAAUGUGAACAUUUCAUCAGUAUACGAGUCAAAUAUGAAAUACGUAUUCAUACGCUUUACAUCUGACCUAUCAUAUCAUACUUAGUGUGGAAGAGGUGCUUUUCUCUGUAAAAUAAUGGAACAAAUUAAAAGUUUGUCUAUAUA